CCACAGAUAUGACAUCCAAUAAAAGCGGUUGCAAGGCAACAUGUCUGCCCCGUGAAAGACGAAAACGUGUGAAUUAGAUAUUCUUCAGUUUUUUUUUAUCCUAUUCCACCGAAUAAAUGGAAGUUCUAUUGUUAGUUUAAUAUCACAGAAGUAAUCUUUCGUAGAUAAUGAGUUUUUCCGUAAAGAAAACCGGCGGAAGAAUGUGGCACGAAGCUCGAAAGCAAGAGAAAAAGAUACGUGGGAUGUUGGUCGAUUAUCGUCGGCGAGCCGAACGUCGUAGAGAUUAUUAUGAAAAAAUUAAAUCAGAUCCUACCCAGUUCCUUCAGCUUCAUGGCAGACCGUGCAAAAUACAUUUGGAUCCAGCUAUAGCAGCUGCUGGUGAUAGUCCAGCUAACAUGAUGCCCUGGCAAGGAAACGAAGACAAUCUUAUAGAUCGCUUUGAUGUACGUGCUCAUUUAGAUUGGAUACCAGAGGCACCAGAUACCAUUGACGUUGAUAUCGCUCUUACCAGCGAAGACAGACAUAUCAAUUAUGAACGUUAUCGCAUAAUUGUUCAAAAUGAAUUUUUGGGAGUCGCAGAAGAAAAAUUUUUACAUCAAAUACAUUUGGAGGAACAAUUUGGUUCAUCCACCAAAGUAGAUGCUUCAAAAGAUAAGAAAAAAUCUUCUAACAAUGCUGCUAUUGGUUACAACUACGAGACAGAAGAACCAAUUCCUGAUGCAACAAAAACAUUAGAUUCUGUUAUAGUUGAUGAGAAACCAGAGGAUGAGGAUAGCGACAUUGAUUUGGACAUAUGUGUAGAUGUUUCACAAAUCGAGCCUUCUCAAGCACACGAGAUGAAUUUGGUUGCUCAAAAGUAUGGACUUUUGGGAGCUGAUUAUUUCAGUUUUUUGACCCAGGAUUUUGAAGAGGCAGAAACAUUAAGACAGGCACGCAAGCAGGAAGAAGAAAAGGCGAUGUAUUCUGGUCGAAGAUCUCGCAGGGAAAGACGAGCAUUUCGAGAAAAGAAGAUGAUCGGUCGUGUUAUGAGUCCACCAAGUUAUGCAGCCCGUGAAAGUCCAGAAUACAAUCCUUACAGGAAAUCUUCCUCAAAAUCACGUUCACGGUCUGCUUCUCCUGUAAAUACUGGACAAAUUACUUAUAUUACAAGUUUUGGCGGUGAGGAAGAAGCUCACAGUAGCUCUUCUCACGUAACUUCAUCGAAUUCGAAAAAAGUCAAUUAUUCGCAUCUUAGAAGAAGAAGAUCUGAAAGCCCUGUUUCGAACGAAAGGACAGUUAGUAGAAAAUUAUCAAAAUCUAGAUCAAGAAGUUGUUCUCGCUCUGUUAGUAGAAGCAAAUCUUACAGAACACGCGACAGGAGGCGUAGUGUCUCGCGAAUCAGUAGAUCCAGAAGAACGCGAUCGAAACAUAGGAAAAUCCAAAGAUCCAGAACAAGAAGCCGUUCUCGACGAUCAAGAACACGUAGUAAAUCUCGAUCUCGAUGUAGAAGUACGAGCAGAUCAAGAUCGCGUUCGCUUUCACGGUCUCGAUCUAGAUCCACUUCGCGUCAACGUCAAAAAAGAUCAAGAAGUUCCUCAUCAAGCAGCAUAUCAAGAUCUAAAUCAAGAUCGAGAUCUAAAUCGCAUCACAGAAGUCGUUCCAGAGAUAGUUAUCGUCGAAGACGUUAUUCUCCCUCAAAAUCGAGAUCAAAAUCACGCUCAAGAUCAAAAUCUCAAACAAGAUCAAGAUCUAGGUCUAAAAGCAAUAAUAGUAAACGAUCGCGUAGUAUUGAAAAUAAAGUGCAAACACUGCCAAGAUAUUAUGGCCGUCGUGGCAAAUCCUCCAGUCUUGAAUUAGAAUUGUCUGACAAGGAAGAGAAAAGUACAGCAGCAACGCUAAAGCCAACAGUAACAACCGCAAGCAUAAACACGCCAAAAGCAGGGUUAAGUACAAAUUCUGGUGGCGGACACAAAUCUACGAAAAUAACACCUCAAGAGCGGCUUAAGAAAAAAAUGCAGGCUCUAUUAAAUAGGCAAUAUAAAGCGGACAAGAAGGCGGAACAAUUGAGAAUAGAAAAGAAGGAACAACAGAGACAAGACCGAGAAGACGAAAUUAGAGAAAUGUCAUUAAAAUUACGUCGAAAACAAAGAGAAAGAAGACAUCGGUACGAAGGUCACAGUUCUGAUUCACGAUCUUCUAUAUCUCGUACGCCAAGUCCAGGACGUAGUCCGAGACAUCAUAUACGUAGAGAUAGGAGAGAAAGAGACAGGGAUUUAGAAAUAGAUCGAGAAAGAGAUAGAGAUAGAGAAAGGGAUAGAGAAAGAGAUAGGCGUGAUGACAGAGAAAGAUGCAGGCAAGAAUCACGAAGAAGAUACAGAGAUUCUCCGCUUCGUUCUUUAAGUCCAAGAAGUAGUCGAGGCUUGGUAGACUACUAACGUGAGAGAUAAAUAAUAUGCCUAAUUCGUUACAUCCAGAUUUUAUAUAAUUUACAAAGAAACUUCCUAUUCAUUGCAUUCCUUCUUAGAAGUGCUGCUUCAUUUUUGAAUUACACACACACACACACACACACACAAAACUAUAUAUAUUAAUUGAACUGUAUUAUGCAAGCUAUUAUAAAUUAAUUGGAAUUUGCUGUAAAAUUAUAUGAUAUUAUUUGCUCUA